GGUACUACUGUAAAGUCAUCCGUAUGAAUCAUAAACAAAUUUUGUUGAUAGAUACUACAUUGUAUCAAAGAUUGGGGAUGAAAAGCAAGACUUUCAAAUUCUUUUGGAGAAGAGGCGGGACUUUGGCUUGGAGUGGGCCAAGGAGCGUCCUGCACAAAUGGGGAGGGGUGUCACUUCACUGAAAAAGCCUUCAACUAGAGUAGGGCAUUGAAGUCUGGAUUCAGAGCUUCACAAGAUCUUCUUUGCACCGCGGGAGCACAUAAGAGACUGCCUGCUUAUUAACUUUGAACAUUCAUUAGGUUUGUGAUGUGGCAAACAACUAUGACAAGACUAAUUUUGUACCUCUGCAUAUUCAAGAAGGCAACUGGAGACCUCCAGGAGAAAUUUAAAGAAAUGAAUAUAGAAUUCGCAAUCAACUUCUAUCAAAUGUUAAAAGAAACCAAGAACAACUCCAAUGUAAUUAUUUCUCCAGCUGGGAUUUCUGUCUCAAUGGGGCUUUUACAAAUUGGGGCAAAACGAAAUACAUUCUCACAGCUGGAAGAUGUUCUAGGCUAUAAUAUUAAUGAUCACAGAGUACUAGACUACCUGCAAAAGAUGUAUGAUGGCUUGAAUAACUCAAGUCAAGCGGGGAUCCUACAACUGCUCUCUGCUGUCUUCAUUCACAGGGAUGCUGUGAUCUCACCUGCCUUUGUUCAGCAGCUGUCAUCCUGGGCAAACAGUAGUCUUCAGCGUACAGAUUUCAGUCAACCUGACCAGACACACAGACAGAUCAACCAAUGGGUGAAGAGUCAUACUGGAGGUGAAGUAACAGAUGUCAUAUCUUGUGAACACAUAGGUUCAGCUCUUGCACAGAUUGCUAUAGUCAGUGCUUUGCACUUCAAAAGUACUUGGCGGAAACAGUUCUCUUUCACAAACACUCAGAACCUGCCUUUCAUCACUGCAGAUGGAUCAACCAUUAAAGUUCCAAUGAUGUACCAAGCAGCAGAAGUCAACUUUGGUCAAUUUAAAACUCCAGCAGAGCAGAGACUGACAGUCUUGGAGCUUCCCUUUCUUGCAAAUGAAGUCAGUCUGUUUUUAGUGCUUCCCACUGAUAGGAAAAUCUCCCUUGCUCUUAUUGAACCUUGCAUCACAGCGCGAGCAAUUUCACAAUGGACAAGUGGCCUGAGUAAAAUUAAGUUGGAUGUCUUCCUGCCAAGGUUUAUAAUAAAAAAUAAAUUCAACCUAAAGACAGCCUUAUUUGCUCUAGGAAUCAAAGACCUUUUUGAUCCCAAUAAAGCUGACUUUGGAGGAAUUUCAGAACAAGACAGCCUUUACGUGUCAGAAGCUAUACAUGAAGCAGAAAUUGAAAUAACAGAACAUGGAACCAAAGCAUCAUCUGCUACAGCCAUGGUGUUAUUAAAAAGAUCAAGGGCUCCUUUAUUUAAAGCAGAUCGACCAUUCUUCUUCCUUUUGAGACAUGCAAGUACAGGUUCUAUUCUCUUUAUUGGGAGGGUUCAAAAUCCAGUGGAAUCCAGAUUGUGAAGCACAACCAUCAUUGUAACAAAAUUAAUGGACUGUUGGUGUGAAAUUCUAAAACAUUAUUUAUUUUGGCAACUAAGGAAUAUGGACAAUAGGAUAUAUUGUAUAUAUUUGUAAAUAAAUUUUGAUUACACUUUUUUACACAAUA